AUGUAUAAAGUUGCAAGUGCAUCAGAAUACCUGGUGAUCACCGGUGUUGGCAUCGGUGACAUAAAAAUAGCUAAGAAAGCAUGGAUCCUUCCGGGUCAAUCUUGGACCGUCUUCGACAUCUCACCUGUAAAUUACACCUUCGAAGUCCAAGCUAUGAGCGCCGAAAAGCUCCCUUUUGUCCUCCCGGCGGUCUUCACCAUCGGCCCACGGAUCGACGACGACGAUAGCCUCCUCAAAUAUGCUAAGCUCAUCUCUCCCCAUGACAAACUCUCUCACCAUGUCAAAGAGCUCGUCCAAGGCAUCAUCGAAGGCGAAACUCGUGUCCUAGCAGCCUCAAUGACCAUGGAAGAAGUUUUCAGAGGAACCAAAGAGUUCAAGCAAGAAGUGUUUGCGAAAGUUCAACUUGAACUUAACCAGUUUGGACUUUUGAUCUACAAUGCAAAUGUCAAACAGUUGGUGGACGUGCCAGGGCACGAGUAUUUCUCUUACUUGGGUCAGAAAACUCAGAUGGAAGCUGCGAAUCAAGCGAAAGUUGAUGUUGCAGAGGCGAGGAUGAAGGGAGAGAUCGGCUCGAAGCUUCGAGAGGGACAGACGCUUCAAAACGAGGCAAAGAUCGACGCGGAGACGAAGAUUAUAUCGACGCAGAGGCAAGGAGAGGGGAAGAAAGAGGAGAUAAAGGUGAAGACUGAGGUGAAGGUUUUCGAGAACCAGAGGGAGGCAGAAGUGGCGGAGGCGAACGCCGAAUUGGCAAAAAAGAAGGCUGGAUGGGCUAAGGAGGCGGAGGUGGCGGAGGUGGAGGCUACAAAAGCGGUGGCUCUCAGGGAGGCUGAGUUGCAGAGGGAGGUUGAGAUUAUGAAUGCAUUGACUCGUACGGAGAAGCUUAAGGCUGAUUAUUUGAGCAAAGCUAGCGUUGAGUAUGAAACCAAGGUACAAGAAGCAAACUGGGAGCUGUAUAAGAAACAAAAGGGCGCCGAAGCAAUUUUGUACGAGAGGGAGAAAGAAGCGGAGGCUCAGAAGACGAUCGCCGAGGCUGCUUUCUAUGCUCGUCAACAGGUUGCCGAUGGAGAGUUAUAUGCGAAAAGGAAAGAGGCUGAAGGACUUGUGGCUCUUGCACAAGCCCAAGGCAGCUACUUGCGCACCCUCCUCGAUGCAUUGGGAGGAAAUUAUGCGGCACUGAGGGAUUACCUGAUGAUUAAUGGCGGACUGUUUCAAGAAAUUGCGAAGAUCAAUGCUGAUGCCGUGAAUGGAUUGCAGCCAAAAAUCAGCAUUUGGACGACAGGGGGUGGCGGAGAGGCAGCCCUUGGUGGUGGGAGUGAUGCCAUGAAGGAGGUACAAGAAGCAAACUGGGAGCUGUAUAAGAAACAAAAGGGCGCCGAAGCAAUUUUGUACGAGAGGGAGAAAGAAGCGGAGGCUCAGAAGACGAUCGCCGAGGCUGCUUUCUAUGCUCGUCAACAGGUUGCCGAUGGAGAGUUAUAUGCGAAAAGGAAAGAGGCUGAAGGACUUGUGGCUCUUGCACAAGCCCAAGGCAGCUACUUGCGCACCCUCCUCGAUGCAUUGGGAGGAAAUUAUGCGGCACUGAGGGAUUACCUGAUGAUUAAUGGCGGACUGUUUCAAGAAAUUGCGAAGAUCAAUGCUGAUGCCGUGAAUGGAUUGCAGCCAAAAAUCAGCAUUUGGACGACAGGGGGUGGCGGAGAGGCAGCCCUUGGUGGUGGGAGUGAUGCCAUGAAGGAGGUACAAGAAGCAAACUGGGAGCUGUAUAAGAAACAAAAGGGCGCCGAAGCAAUUUUGUACGAGAGGGAGAAAGAAGCGGAGGCUCAGAAGACGAUCGCCGAGGCUGCUUUCUAUGCUCGUCAACAGGUUGCCGAUGGAGAGUUAUAUGCGAAAAGGAAAGAGGCUGAAGGACUUGUGGCUCUUGCACAAGCCCAAGGCAGCUACUUGCGCACCCUCCUCGAUGCAUUGGGAGGAAAUUAUGCGGCACUGAGGGAUUACCUGAUGAUUAAUGGCGGACUGUUUCAAGAAAUUGCGAAGAUCAAUGCUGAUGCCGUGAAUGGAUUGCAGCCAAAAAUCAGCAUUUGGACGACAGGGGGUGGCGGAGAGGCAGCCCUUGGUGGUGGGAGUGAUGCCAUGAAGGAGGUUGCUGGUGUCUACAGGAUGUUGCCACCUUUGUUUAAGACUGUGCAGGAGCAAACUGGAAUGCUACCACCUGCAUGGAUGGGUGCCUUGACUGAUUCUAGUCACUCUUAA